AAGCACCUCUGGGUUUUUUAUUUUUUCUUAAACAAACCAAAAACCACUGAAAAUUUUGAAAAAAAAAAUGUUUUUUUCUUAGUUUUUGUUAUACAAUUUUGUAAAUAAGUGAUUUUUUCUCCUUCACUGAUGUGCGCUAAUGAGGCUGCAGUGAUGGGCACUGAUGAGGAGGCACUGAUGGGCACUGAUAUGUGGCAUUGAUGUGCACUGGUAGGCACUGAUAUGUGGCAUUGAUGUGCACUGGUAGGCA